AUGCCGGCCGCGGAGGGGCAGUCGCCGUUGGCGUCGGCGGAGAGGCGGCCGCACUUCUUCAAGGUGCUCAUCGGCGACUUCAGGAAGCGCCUGAAGAUCCCGCCAAAGUUCUGCAAGCACAUCCCCUGGGAGGCGUCCAGGAAAGCCAAGGGCCUGAAGGAGGCGUCCAUGGCGGCCACCCUGGAGGGCCCCAGCGGCCGGACGUGGCAGGUCGUCAUCCGCCGGACCGCCGAGGGCACCUUCUUCACCGCGGGCUGGGCCAAGUUCGUGCAGGACCAGGCGCUGCGGGAGCUGGAGUUCCUCGUCUUCCGCCACGACGGCGGCACCAGCUUCGCCGCCAUGGUGUUCGACAAGUCGGCGUGCGAGCGGGAGGACCUGCUGCUCGCCGGCGACGCGCCCCGGCCGCGCAGGAAGCGGGGCCGGCCGAGGACGGCGUCGCGGGCCGUGGAUGAUUCGGCUGGCAUGGAGCUGGUGCUGGUCCCGAACCGUGCGCCUGCCGACCAGCUGCCCCAAGUCGUGUGCUCCGAUCGGAUUCCCGAAUCGGACAAGUCAAAUGGAUCAGCCGGGCAUCCCAGCCCUAUGAAGGCCGAGGUGGGCGCCGGCGAGCUCCCCCUGUGCUUGAUCGCCGCACCACCGUCGGAGUCGGGGCAGCUCCCGCCGGGCCACUUGCCAGCCGGGACCAAGGACGGGUGCGCGGUGAAAACGCGGAGCAUCCACGGCGACCUCGCUGCGGCCAGCAUCCCCCCUUCCGUGAGGAAGUACAACGGGUACGUGUCCCGGCGGCGGCCCGUGGCGAGCGCCGAGCGGCAGCGGGCCAUGGAGCUCGCGCGCGCGUUCCGGUCGUCGCUCCCGUACUGCGUCAUCCGCAUGAGCACCAUGCACGUCUACUACUCCUUCAUGAUGAGGUUCCCCACGGGGUUCUCGAGGCAGCACCUGCCCCGGGAGAAGACGGAGAUGGUGCUCCGGGACCCGGGCGGCAAGGCGUGGGCGGCGCUCUACAUCCCCAGCACGAGGGACCGGCUGUCGCGCGGGUGGUGCGCGUUCGCGCGCGGCAACUGCCUCGAGGAAGGGGACUGCUGCGUCUUCGAGCUCGUCGGCGCCGCAGAGUUCCGCGUCCACGUGUUCCGGGUGGUCGAGCCCGCCGUGCCGGCGGUCAGGCUCCGAUUAGCUUGA